AGUAGCAGCAGCAGUAGUAGUAGUAGUCUUAGUAGUAGUAGCAGCAGCAGCAGUAGUAGUAGUAGUAGUCUUAGUAGUAGUAGCAGCAGCAGCAGUAGUAGUAGUCUUAGUAGUAGUAGCAGCAGCAGCAGUAGUAGUAGUAGUAGUCUUAGUAGUAGUAGCAGCAGCAGCAGUAGUAGUAGUCUUAGUAGUAGUAGUAGUAGUCUUAGUAGUAGCAGCAGCAGCAGCAGUAGUAGUUGUCUUAGUAGUAGUAGUAGCAGCAGCAGCAGCAGCAGUAGUAGUCUUAGUAGUAGUAGUAGCAGCAGCAGCAGUAGUAGUAGUAGUCUUAGUAGUAGUAGUAGCAGCAGCAGCAGUAGUAGUAGUAGUCUUAGUAGUAGUAGCAGCAGCAGCAGUAGUAGUAGUCUUAGUAGUAGUAGCAGCAGCAGCAGUAGUAGUAGUAGUAGUCUUAGUAGUAGUAGCAGCAGCAGCAGUAGUAGUAGUCUUAGUAGUAGUAGUAGUAGUCUUAGUAGUAGCAGCAGCAGCAGCAGUAGUAGUUGUCUUAGUAGUAGUAGUAGCAGCAGCAGCAGCAGCAGUAGUAGUCUUAGUAGUAGUAGUAGCAGCAGCAGCAGUAGUAGUAGUCUUAGUAGUAGUAGUAGCAGCAGCAGCAGUAGCAGUAGUAGUCUUAGUAGUAGUAGCAGCAGCAGCAGCAGUAGUAGUAGUCUUAGUAGUAGUAGUAGCAGCAGCAGCAGCAGUAGUAGUAGUCUUAGUAGUAGUAGCAGCAGCAGCAGCAGCAGCAGCAGUAGUAGUCUUAGUAGUAGUAGCAGCAGCAGCAGCAGCAGUAGUAGUAGUAGUCUUAGUAGUAGUAGUAGCAGCAUCAGCAGCAGUAGUAGUAGUCUUAGUAGUAGUAGUAUCAGCAGCAGCAGCAGCAGUAGUAGUCUUAGUAGUAGUAUCAGCAGCAGCAGC